AUGUUGGCAUAUUGGUUUAAAACAAAAGCUCCAAGUCAAAUUAAAAAAAUAACUAUUAUAUUUCCGGUAGUUGGGCAUUCCUUUUUGCCACCCGACCGUAUAUUUGGAAAUAUCGAAAGAGAGAUACGCCCUUUAGAGGUGAUUGCGGAACCCGAGGUUUAUUUUGAUAUUUUCAAAAGAUAUGGUAAAGUUAUUAGACUUGGAAGUGACUUCCAGUUUUAUGACUGGAAAACAAGCGUUACAAAUGUGCUGAAAUUACCAGGAUCUUGGCAUUUCAAAUUUAAUGCUUCUAACAGAUUUUUCCUGAGAAAGGAUAAGAAUAAUAAAAUUGGAAUCAAAGGGGAACCUAAUUAUGUAUCUGAAGUGGUCAACUAUGGGAAUGUUUGUAAAAGAGGAAAGUCUUAUGAAAACAUUAAACCUACGUUGAUGAAUAUUGGAGUUCCUGUAAAAACAGAAAAAUUAAAUGACGUGAGAAAACUAUUGAUUAAACAUUUCGGAGAAGACUGGAUUACUAUUGAAAAUCUUCAAUAUUAUAAGUUUUUACAAGAAGAAGAAAAUGAAAGUAAUUUAAUAGAAACUGACUCUGAAGAAACUCUAAUGGAAGAUGAAAUAGAUAUAAGAGUGUAA